UGGGCGAACAACCUGGGAUCAGGCAGCUCGCCCUUGGUCUUGCUGGGCCAGCCAGCCAAGCCACAUCCAGCCACACGACGGCCGCAGAAUGGCCACCCGUGGCCGGCACACGUGUGUCGCAUUUUUUCUUCGACAAGAUUCGGCCGCCGCUUGGGACUGAUCAGGGCCGCUGCUCCGUCGCAUCACCCCCAUCGACUCGCCCAGCCGCUUGGCCAUCUGCAUCGGCGCCAGCACCAGCACCAGACCCAAAAUACCGAUACAGUCGAUUCAAACACACAGCCAUGGAUGAGGACAGAGAAAUUGCGCGCCUCCACAAGGUCUUCCGGACCAUUCGCGAGCUCGUCCGGGACCGGGGAUAUCUUGUCAGUACCGCAGAGCUCGAGAUGUCCCUCGACGAAUUCAGAGAAACAUACUCAAAAAACAGACACAUCGACCGACAGUCGCUCAUCUUUGCGGCUGGGCGCGAAAACGACGAAAAUGACAAACUGCUGGUUUUCUUUGCCGAGGACGAGUCAGUGGGAAUAAAGCCCAUCAAGAGGAUCUGCGAGCGAAUGAUUGUCGAGGGAGUCGUCAAGGGCAUACUCAUCUACCAGAAACAACUGACGCCUUCGGCCAACAAGGUCGUCCAGGAGCUGGCGCCUAAAUACCAGCUCGAGCUGUUCAUGGAGAGCGAGCUUUUGGUGAACAUCACGAAGCACACCCUGGUGCCCGACCACGAGGUCUUGACGGUCGAAGAGAAGAAGACCCUGCUAGCAAGAUACCGACUGAAAGAAACCCAACUCCCGCGAAUCCAGCGCACCGAUCCGAUUGCGCGAUACUAUGGCCUCCAGCGCGGCCAGGUUGUCAAGAUCAUCCGACCCAGUGAAACCGCCGGAAAAUACGUCACCUACCGCCUUUGCUGGUAACAGCCGCUGCCGCUCCGACACACACGGAUACAUGAUGGAGGAUAUACUCGGUGGAUUGGCUUCCACCAAGAGACAUCUCGCGCACAGAGGUUGUGCGGAUGGACGGGUGGCCAAGCGUCGUGGGAUGUGAACCAAGGCAACUCUUGAGUCUGGGCUGCUUUUUCGAUCCAAAAAAUGUAAUCUCGUGUGCCUAUCGGCAUUCUGGUCCCUCAAA